AUGAAGUUCUCUCUCGCUAUCGCUGCCGCUGUUGCCGGCAUUGUCUCCGCCGCCGCCAACGCCACUGCCGUCGUCACCCAGAUCGGUGAUGGCCAGAUCCAGGCUCCCCCCUCCACCGCUGCUGCCCAGGCCAACGGUGCCGCUGCUCUUGGUGUCUCUGCCGCCGCUGCCGGUGUUGUUGUUGUCGCUGCUCUCUUCUAA